CACUGGCGUCAAAAUUUCGACGUGUAAAAGUUAACGAAUCCGAGCCGCAGUGAAGCCCUCCGACAAGGCGACGACGACAACGGCGGCAGCGGCGGCUAUUAUUGCAGAGCUCUCCCAGUCUAUCAAAUCUUUCCUCAUAUUUUACAUCUUUCCCCUAUCCCCUUCGCGAAUCCUUUCCGAUCUUCUCCCUUCAUUGUUUUUUUUUGCACAAUUGAAUCCCCUCCUGAGUUAACAUUUAUCCUCCAAAUCAUCCGAUUUCUUUGUCGAGAUCGGCACGAUUGUGGUUCGAACGUUUGGCGGGAAAUCAAUCAUAUUUGUCGUCCUCUCUUAUUUUCGUCAUCUUGGGAGGUUGAUUGAUUAUUAGGUUUUAUGAAUUCAAAAUCCAGAAACUGCGCCAGUGCUUCCCUCUCUGCUUUUGGACUCGUAUCACCGAUGUGUAUGCGUUGACGGUGCAGAUAGGAAGACUAAUGGCAGUUUCCGACAACGAGAGAGGGCUAAUUCUGGCAAUGCUGUCAAGCCUGUUUAUCGGGACGAGCUUUAUCUUGAAGAAGAAAGGGCUUAAGCGUGCUGCUGCUGUCGGUACAGGAGCAGGCGUAGGAGGUCAUUCUUACUUGCUAGAACCACUUUGGUGGUCUGGCAUGAUCACUAUGAUUGUGGGGGAAAUUGCAAAUUUUGUGGCAUAUAUUUAUGCCCCGGCUAUUCUUGUUACCCCCCUUGGUGCGUUAAGUAUAAUAGUGAGUGCUGUUUUGGCACACUUUUUGUUGAAGGAGCGGCUGCGCAAACUAUGCAUACUUGGAUGUGGUUCUUGUAUUAUAGGGUCUGUGAUCAUUGUAAUGCAUGCUCCUCAGGAAAGUAUGCCAACUUCGAUUGAAGAAAUUUGGAAUUUAGCUACUCAACCAGCAUUCUCAAUAUACGUUGCAGCAACACUAGUGAUAGUGCUAGCAUUGAUAUUGUACUUUGAAACUCGGUAUGGGGACACAAACUUACUGGUUUACUUGGGUAUCUGUUCCUUAAUGGGUUCGCUGACGGUUGUGAGCAUAAAAGCCAUUGGAAUUGCAAUAAAACUUUCUCUAGAGGGAACAAGUCAAAUUGCAUACCCUCAGACCUUGUUUUUCCUCAUGGUUACAGUGAUAUGUGGGAUCACCCAGCUGAAUUAUCUAAACAAGGCGCUUGACACAUUCAAUACAGCAAUUGUUUCUCCCGUAUACUAUGUACUGUUCACUACCCUAACCAUCGUUGCCAAUGCAAUCAUGUUCAAGGAUUGGGCUGGGCAAGAUGUUAGCAGCAUAGCAUCUGAGUUAUGUGGAUUCGUGACCGUACUUUCUGGAAUGAUCAUACUUCAUGUUGCUAAAGAGCAAGAACCAACAAAUGCACCAGGAACCAUUGUUUGGUAUGAUGAAGAACACACGAAGGAUAUGGAGGAUGCACAUUUCAUUACACUGCGCAGUUCCGACUAUUUCACCUGAUUUUAUUGCACUGCACAUCUCAUUUUGCUCACUAUAUAAAUGCACAGGUAAACGAGGGAGAAAAGUGAUUUUUUUUCUUCUCAACUUGGUGUGCAUUAUGUGAAGAAGUUUUAGUGGGACACUUACAGGUUUAUGUAAUAUAUGCAAUUUGAUGAAAGAUAGUGUGCUCUGCACUUCAUCAAAUUUACAUCAAUGCGAGUGAUUGGGAUAUCCAAAUACCUAUUGGCUUUGAGCUUUCAUAUUGUAUGUAAAUUGUGGAAGUAUCUGAAAAUGUAUGAAAGAGCACGGAUCACCUUUUUAUGUGAAUAAGCUAGUUGAUUGUUU